AUGAAGCUGAAUUUGGCCACUGGCCUUCUGUUUUUACUCGCGUCCACUGAAGCAGUGGGAGCUUCCAGCUGGUGGAGCAAGGCUGUUUACAAUAAAUGGCACGAAACUGAGCUCGAGCGAUGGUUGUCCGACCAUGAUAUCCCUCACCCUAGUCCUGCCGACCGCCGGGACCUAGAGAACCUGGUCAAGACCAACUGGGACACCAGAGUGCAGAAGCCUCUGGGAUCAGUGGCCGAUCAAAUCAGCGACCAAGCUCACCAUGCGAGGGAAUGGAUCUUCGACACUUGGUCUGACACUCAGUUGAAGGCAUUCCUUGAUCGUCACGGCAUUCCAGCUCCCCAGCCCCGCAAGCGCGACGUCUUGAUCAAGACUGCGCGUGAGAACUAUGAAGCGAUCGCCAAGAAGGUCGGUGAGACCGCCUCUUACCCCGGAGACUGGCUGUAUGAGUCGUGGUCCGAUUCAGAUCUCAAGGCAUGGCUCGACGAGCGUGGAUGGCCCGCUCCUCAGCCAUCAACCCGUGACAAGCUCAUCGCCUCGGUGCGCCGCAACUCUCGCAUUGCCAGCUUGCAGGCACAGAGGAUCGCUGCAUCUGUCUCUGCUUCCGCCGAAUCUGCCACGCAGUCCUUGAGUGACGAACUUUUCAAUGCCUGGUCCGAUUCGAAGCUGAAGGAGUUCCUUGACGAGCACAAUGUCAGGGUCCCUCAGGGUUCCAAGCGCAAUGAACUCAUCGCUCUCGCCCGCAAGAACCGUGCGUAUCUCGUCGGCCAGGUCUCUAGUGCUGCCUCGAGCGCUUCUACCGCUGCCGAGGAUGCGUUCGGCGCUGCUACCACCAAAGCUGGAAACCAAUAUGCACGCGCUACCGAUGACGUCAAGAUGAAGGCCGAGGACGAGUUCAACGCUGCACUGAAGGGCUGGUCUGACUCCCGCCUCAAGGCAUUCCUUGAUGCCCGGAGCGUCCCCGUUCCUCAGAAUGGCAAGCGCGAUGAGCUCAUUGCCGCCGUCCGCGCCAACGCCCACAAGGCUGCCGGUGGAUGGAACCAGUACAACUUUGACACUUGGGAUAAGGAGCACCUGCUGAAAUACCUGUCUGCCAUGAACAGCAAGGCUGCUAAGAAGGCCGAUGCCUCACGCGAAGAGCUGGUCAAGAGUGCCCAGGACACCUACGCCAAGGCCUCCAAGGCUGGUGGCGAGCAGUACGCCUCUGCAACUGCCUCUCUCGCUCAAGCCACUGGAUCAGCCAAGGAUGCCACCUUUGACCGGUGGUCGCACUCCGAGCUCAAGAGAUACCUUGACUCGUACGGCAUCCCCGUCUACCAGGGCUCGAGCAUCAAUGAGCUCCGAGCCGCAGCCCGCCGCAACGCGCAGUACUUCAAGUACGGCACCACCAACCCGCGUGACACCAUCUACGCCAAGGUCGUGGAUACCUUACAGUGGGCCUUGGAGCAGCUGAAGAUCGGCGCUUCAAGCGGCCGCGCCCAGGGCCAAGAAGCUGCCGAUAAGACGCAGGAGAAGGUCUCCGAGAAGGCCCAGAAGCUGCGUGCGGAGCUGUAA